UCAUUUGUAUUUUAUAAUUUUAUAAUAAACAUAUUUUUUGAGCUGACUUUUUUUGUAAAAUAUUUUGAAUUCUGUAUAGAUAUUACCAUGGAAUCGUGCAAAAGGUUAGCACUUACAGAGGAGCAGCUUCAAAUAAUUUACCGAGAAUGGGGUGUGUUUUACACCCAUAAGCAAAAACUCGAUAUUGCUGCCCAUUACUACGAUAUCUCGUUAAAUAUAAAAAAUGAUCCAAAAGCUCUUUAUAAUCGAAGUCGUUGCAAACGUAAUAUUGCUCAAACUGUAGGAUCGUUACGUGAUGCAAAAGCUGCAGUCGAAAGUGAUCCACUUAGCCAACCGUUUAACCUAGAAGUUUGUGAUGCCUUGUAUCAACUUAACGCCUUUGAAGAAGCUAAAUGUAAAAUUUUCAAUAAUUCAUUAAAAUUUACUGGACUUAAAUUGGAUGCAUUUCGUGAUAGGAGUGACGUCCUUGAUGAAAACUUCAAUGCGACUCUUGGUGAUACUUUAGGACCACAUAUUCUAGAAAAUGAAAAGUAUUUUCAGAAAGCUUUGGAAAAACAAAUUCAAGAACAAUAUAUUGAUCAAAGGCCACUAUGGAAAAUACUCAAAGAAGAAGAACAGUGUGAUGUCUUGAGUGUUACUGAAAAAGAGGAGGAACUCAUAUCUCCAAGAGAAAUAGCAAGACGAAAACUUGGCUUUAAUGUUUUCAAUCAAUUGUAUAUGGGAAGAAGUUGGAUUGAUGUACUAUUUAUGAGGGCUCUUAAAAGUCAUCCAAGUCUUCUCUUACAGCAGUCGAAGUGGAGUAGUCCUCAGUUGGAAGAUAUAACUCAGAACAAAUAUGAUGCUGCUUUGCGAUUUUUGAAAAUGUUGCAUGCUCGAACACCAUUAUAUACGCAGAAGGUACGCAAGUGUCCAAACAAAAAACUAACUCAAAAAUCAAAUGAAGAACAUCUGCUUAGAGUUCAAUACCAAGUUCAUCGUAACAUGCUGAGCAUCUUAAAAAAAAUCAAAUAUUUAAGAGAAAAGAAGUUAAUUGGGAAACUAACUUCUUACAUCGAAGAAGUAAUGGGUGACUAUGUAGUAUUGAAAACCCGUAGUGUAAUGCCUUGGAAAUUUGAAUUUAUCAAUGAAGUCUAUAAUAUGUUGGCGUUGGCUUAUGUUGAUAAGUAUGUGGCCAAGGACAUACCAAAGAAUCUUACUGAUUUUAAACCUCAAGAACGUUUUAAUGUGCUUUUGAAAAUGCCAAGUGAAAAGGAGAAAAAGCCAGUGGCUUUUUUAUUUGGCAAUAAGUCAACUUAUCAAGAUGAAGAUCUUGCCGAUUUACCCAUGCUUAAACACAAAAAAUUUGUAUCCCGAAUGGAAAAACGUCUCUCUUUCUCCAAACACUCUAUAGAGAAAUCAUAUUUGUUGCACGAAAUUGCUCGGAGCCACUUAAAAAAUUCUCGGUUUGAUGAAUGUUGUAUUGUCGCACGAAAGGGCAUUGAAGAAGCUAAAAAUUGCAAUAGUCUUGUAUGGAUCUUACUUGGAUUGUUGCUGAUUUGUAAGUCUCAUGCUGUUUUACACAAAAUUGAAAAAAUCCACGACACGUUGAAAGAAGCAAAAGAUGUUGCCGAACGCUUGAAAAACGUAAAAGUUAUUCGAUAUAUUGAGCUUCUUAACUUUAUUAAUGAUGAAGACACAUUAGAGAAGAAGCUUCAAAUAGAAUUUCGAAAGACUAAAAGCAGGCAGUCACACAGUAGUAGAUUUCACAGUAGCAUUGGAUCGUCCUACUAAAUCGAGAAUUUGUUCAAUAAUGGUUUGCUGAAUUGAAAUGUUAAAAAAAUUUUUGGAAUAUGAAACACUUUUUAAAACCUUGAAAAAUAAAUCCAUACUUUAUUACGAAAAAUCUUUAAAAAAGACA